CUCCCACUACCACCAUCUGCUGUCUUUUUUGAUAUUCCUGUUGACAUUUCCAGCACCGUCUCCAAACAUGGCUGCCCCCGCGGAUAUUGAGCAGAUGAACAAGCUCAGAAAGAGCCUGGGCCUCCCCUUGUUGAGCAAAAGACGAGGACGCCGACAGCGACGAAGAUGAUGACCCCGCAUCCACCCUAGAGACCCGCGAAGCCGCCGGGUACGACAACUGGAACCAAUUGCGCGAGGAAGAGAAGAAGCGUGCUCUCCGAGAACAACGGAAGAGGGAAAUCCAGAGACAGCGAGAUGCCGACGCCAGGAACAAGAAGCUCGAGGGCAAGGGACUGGGCGACGUCGAUGACGAAGGAGAUCUCGAUACGAAGGCGUGGUUGAAAGGCCAGAAAAAGCGACAGUCCAAAAUCGAGCGGGAACGUGCCGAGCGAUUGGCACGGGAGCUGGCGGAGCGUGAAAGAGAGGCCGCUGUCGAGUAUACCUCUAAGGACCUUGCCGGCGUGCAGGUCGCACAUGAGAUCGGUGACUUCGACGAAACCGCGGGAGAGCAGAUCUUGACGCUGAAGGAUACUGAGAUCGGCAAAGCCGAUGACAGUGAGCAGGAAGAUGUGCUAGAGAAUGCAGAUAUUAUUGCUAGAGAAAAGGUCAAAGAGAAACUGGAUCUCAAGAAGCGGAAGGUCUACGAUGUGAAUGACGACUCUGAGAAGGGCCUGCUAGCGCAGUACGACGACAAGAAGCGGAAGGCCUUUACAUUGGAUGGUCAGGGCGCUACUGUCGAGGAACGCGAGGCCAAACGCCAGCAAAUCGGCGAAAAACUCAAGAAUACUGUCAGUCUGGACGUUCUAAAAGUGGAACCUGCUUCGGAUUACUUGGAGAUCAAGAUCAGGAAGCCGAAGAAAGAAAGGAAGAAGUCCAAACGUCAGAAACUUGUGGAUGAAGAUGAUGAUAUCUUCCCCCCACAAAACAGUAGCAACGGCGAUGCCAUGGACGUCGACUCUAGAAGCAAUGCUCCCGCUCCGACGAGGCCCCGAACGACCGAAGAUCAUUUCAACGAUGACGAAGAUCUCGCGAGUGCCCUUGCAAGAACCAGAGCCGCGGUACUGAAGAAGCAGAAAAGAAAGGCAGAAGACAUCGUCAAGCUACUGAAACAAGAAGAGAACGACGAGGCAGAGGCGGACGAAGAGGUUAACGGCGGUCUUGUGCUGGACGACACAACCGUGUUCCUCGACACCCUAUCUUCGCGGCCGAGGGAUGAACAACCUGAACGGGGUGUGAAGAAGUCCACUGAGAAAGUCGAGUCAGAGAGUCCUGCUCCGCAAGUGAAAGACGAAGACGAAGACCACCCGAUGGGCGAGGUUCAUAGUGGAAUUGAGAACGAAGAGGAGCUCCUCGAUCGAGUGAAGCGCGAGCGGUCCACCGUGACGCCAGAAGUCCCGCACACGGGCCUUGAAGAGGAAAAGACACUCGAUCAGGGAAUGGGAGCUGCCCUUAGUCUUCUCCGACAACGUGGCCUUCUCAAGGACGGCGAUGCCGGCGACCGCAAUUCUCUCUACAAAGAUCGGCAAAAAUUCAUCAUCGAAGCGCGCUUGCGCGAGCAUGAGAAUGAACAGAGGGCUCGAAUGCAGCGCGAGAGAGACCGCCAGUCGGGCAAACUGACAGGCAUGUCUGUCAAAGAACGAGAAGAACAUGCACGCUGGCAGAACACUCAGCGAGAGCACCAAUCUUCCAUCCAGGCUGCCGCCACCUUCAACCGAGAGUACAAGCCCGACGUGCAGAUCAAGUACGUGGAUGACGAUGGCAGGAUCAUGAACCAGAAGGAAGCCUUCAAGCACCUGAGUCAUCAGUUCCACGGCAAGGGUAGCGGGAAGUUGAAGACGGAGAAGCACCUCAAGAAGAUUGCCGAAGAGAAGAAGCGGGAGGCGACAAGCGUUCUGGAUGGUAGCCAGGCGACAGGUAUGAGCAACGCACAGGGCACGAUGGGCAAGAAGAACAAGGAGGCGGGCGUCAGGCUGGCCUGAUGGACGACUGCAGGCGGGAGGGUUGUAAUUAUACCUAGGUAACGCCGUGUUCAUAAUGACAUUGGGGGGAGGAAGCCUGGUGUCUGUGGUAAGGCUGUGGUUCCUGAAAAGGGAAUAGAACUGAUCAUUGGGCGGGCUUGAUUGCCGUGGCCCGGGAGGCGAUUGGGGGGAGCAGAGGGCUGCGAGUACGGAGUAUGCCAUAGAUCGGAACAGUCCGCGCAAAGGGGCCUUGGGGAAGGUUGGAGGCAGCACCAGGCACCCACAGGCGAUAAUGGCCGAGCUUACAGUUAUUCCGGUGGCUUCACUGCCCCUAGAACCAACCAAGGCUAUUGGCCGCAACCCAC